CCAGGUUUACUGGUAACACUACAUCUGCAAUACGCUUGAUUUGUUUACAAAUCUUUUAUUCUUGCUAGAUGAAGACUACGAUUUUACAUUCUCUGUACCUGUGCAGCAUUAUGUAAAUUUCGUAUUUUAAUAAUAUAUGAUAACAUAUGGAUGUAACUCGCAUUUUAUUUAAGACACUGAGAAAUAUGGCACCAUCAUUUUAUGCAGUGGCCAAAGGCAGCAAACCCGAAAUUUACAAUACUUGGGACGAUUGUAAGGCACAGAUUUAUCAGUAUUCUGGUCCUGUGUAUAAAAAGUUUAAUGCACAAGCAGAGGCUGAAAAAUUUAUUAAAGAAAAUAGCAGUUCAAGUGGAGGAAGUAAUAGCAACAACAGUACACCCCUAGUAGAGAAAAAACCAGAAUUGAAAAGAAAACCUCCAGAAGUUGUGAACACAUGACCAUCUUUAAAAAGAUGUAAACUAAUAAACAUCCAAAGUAUUCCAAAUUCUGGAUGCAAUCAAAGAAAAGUACAUGUUAAUGGUCAUGUGGGAAUUCAUGGUAAUGAAAUGGCUGACAAAUUGGCAAGAGCAGGUUGUUUGAAAUAUUGAAGAUAUCACAUGCAGCUAUACAAGGGUUCAGACGAUAUCCUUUUCCACUAAAUCAAACUAUUUAAAUGAUGAAGCAUUUGCGUAAAGAAGGAUAAUUUGUCAAAUAACACUGGUUUCAACAAAGAAGAAUUUAAAAUGUAUAAUAACUUAGUAACUCUUAUCGUCCAUCAGAUGUGCUGCGCUACAUAGGUUUCAUAAUUCUUGGUGGUGAGGACGACCUACCCUAGCGCUCUUCCUUGGAAUUCAUUGGAACUACUAACAGGAGAGGUUCACCAUGGAACAAUUCCAGUGGUUGCGAAGAAGAGCGUCGGCCAGCUCAAAAGGAGGGUAAAAAAUCAAAUAUACUACCUCUAUGGGGAAAUGAAAGGACUAUGAAUUUAAACCCACUAAUUUUGACAAAUAUACAGUCAUCACAUUAUUUUAAAGUGAAUUUAUAUGAACUGAAAACAUACCAUGAGGUUAUCGAUGAAAUCUAUUAUAAAGUAUCUCAUCUGGAACCAUGGGAAAAGGGAAGCAGGAAAACGGCGGGUCAAACGGGCAUGUGUGGAGGCCGGUUCAUGCAGGUUCGUGGUGUUGGUGCUGGAGGAAUUGUUUCGACGGCUUAUUGUCUGCUGUAUAAACUCUUCACAUUGAGGUUAACACGAAAACAAUUGAAUGGUCUCAUCAAUCAUCCUGAUUCACCAUACAUUCGGGCAUUAGGGUUUAUGUAUAUUAGAUACACACAACCACCAGCUGAUUUAUUCAGCUGGUAUAGCGAUUAUUUAGAAGAUGAAGAAGAAUUAGAUGUAAAAGCAGGAGGAGGUCAAGUGAUGAAAAUGGGUGAUAUUCUCAAACAAUUUCUUACUAAGUUAGAGUGGUUCUCGACUCUGUUUCCAAGAAUACCAGUGCCUAUACAAAAAGAACUCGAACAUCGAUUAGCAGAAAGGUUUCCUCAGCAAUCGAUGAAUGCUCGAAAUGCAAAACCACCUAUCACGUUAAAUAAUCAUGGAAAAUAUAGUAACAGUAGUAACAGAAAAGACAAUGGUAACGUCAUGCCACGAAAUCAACCGCGACAUAUCCCAGAUAGCGAAGCUCAGUGGGGCGAGGCUGAGAGAACAAGCCACUGGCGAGCCAGAUUUGACGAAGACCGCAAGGAUAAGUACAGGGAUCGUGAGCGUGAACGGGAUCGAACUAGAGAAAGAGAACGCGAUCGAGCACGAGAAAGGGAUCGAGAAAGGGAUAGGCAUGUGAGACGGUCGUCUAGUCGCGAUCGAAGUCGUAGGCAGCGAGAAUAUAGGAGUCGUAGUAGGGACAGAUCACACAGAGAUCGGAGUAGAGAUCGUUAUCGUGAUAAGGAUCGUCAUCGAGAUAGAAGAAGUUCGCCUUAUGACUACGCCACAGAGCUUGCACGGGAAAGAGAGAGACAACGAAGAGAAUGAAAAUGUAUGCUGACAUGUAUAUAUCAAUAUAAAUGUUUGUACGAGUGUAACUAUGGAGAUAAAAACGAUUUAGAGCCGAGCCAUCCGAACACCACCGCGUUUUAAGAGAAAACUUACUUCGUUUGGAAGUGAUAGCCUAAAUUUAAUUCUACUAUAUUCACCUUGUAGUUUACAUGUUUUUAUAAAAUAAAUCCAUGAUUAUAA